AUGAGAGUGGCAGUGAUCUGCUCGAGCUUAUUGUACAUGGAGGUCACAACAAACAACAGAGUCAGGUCAUACAUGGAGGUCAUGGCAAACAACCAAGCCAGGAGGCAGGGCCUGUUUGCUGCCGGGAUGCUGGAGCACGCCAAGUGCACAAGUUGUGGAGCCGUCAACCUCUCCAUGGGCAUCAUCAGUUGUGAUGGUGGCAAAGAAAGAUGGGAGCAUGAGAUUGUUCUGGGCCCUUUAUGGAUGUUUGGCGCCACGCGUGACAUCUUAUUCGACCACAAAACUAGGCCAUUUUCGCUCUUUGCUGUCGCGCAUUUCCUCCCGCUUCCCUCUCUUCGAUCGACCACCAUGGCGAUGGAGAAUGGUGCCGCUCAAACGCCAACAGCAGACUUAAAAGCUCUGCCAGGAACAAAGAGGGACGAGCAAUGGCAAGGGACCAGUCCUGAGCACGGGAAUGCGAAGGCCACCGGCGAUUUCCCCGCGGAAGAAGUCAUGGUGGAUCAAAAGCCGAUCGCGAGCGACAUGGUGCCAGCUGAUCGUCGCCAUGGAAACAAAGGUUGUGGAGCCAUGGAUUUCCUGGCGUCGCUGGGGAUCAUGCUCAACAUGAUGGCUUACCUCCAGCACCGGCUCAAGCUCGACUUGGUGGACGCCGCAAACACCAUCACAAACUUCAUGGGGAUGUGCUCCUACACGCCACUGCUGGGUGCCUUCGUGGCGGACGCCAUGAUCGGGCGAUACGCAACAAUCUUGAUCGCCUCCACCAUCUAUGUCGCGGCCCUGUUCGUGAUGGUGAUCGAGGCCAAGCUCCCGUCCACCAAGCCUCCGCAUUGCAAGAAGCACGACUGCCUCGGCUACCUCUACGCCGCCUUCGUGCUCAUCGCCAUCGCCGCCGGGGGCGUGAGGCCAAAUGCGCCAUCUUUCGGGGCGGACCAGUUCGACCAGCAUAACCCCGUGGAGCGCAAGCAGCUCUUUAGCUACUUCAACUGGUACUACUUCUUCGUGGUGGCGGCCAUGGUCACCAGCACCACCCUGCUCGUCUACAUCCAAAACACGUUUGGCUGGGUGUGGGGGUUUGGCAUCCCCGCGGUGGGGAUGGUGGUGGCGGUGGCGCUCUUCUGGGCCGGCUCCCCGCUCUACAGGAAGAUCUCUCCCGCCGGCAGCCCCUUCACCCACCUCGCGCAGGUCGUCGUCGCUGUCUGUCGCAAGUGGCGCGUUGAUAUUCCCAACGAUCCCAGGGAGCUCUUCAACAAUGAGGUGCCCAAAACUGGCGCUGGCGGUAUCACUCUUCGUCACACAAUGCAAUACCGGUUUCUGGACCGAGCAGCCACAAUCGUCGACGGAGAGCACCACGGCUCCGAAAAGAUCGAUCCGUGGAGGCUAUGCCCGGUGAGCCAUGUAGAGGAGCUCAAAUCGCUGCUGCGAAUGACGCCCGUGUGGGCGACGGGCAUCCCGAUCUUCGUGGCAUGGUCGCAGCAGAGCACGUUUUGGAUCGGGCAGGGCUACGUCAUGGAUCUCCGCAUGGGAUCCUCCCCGCACGCUUUCAAGAUGCAGCCCGCGACGCUCCCGGUCUUCUCCCUCCUCACCAUGAUGAUCUUCCUCCCCUUCUACGACAAGCUCGUUGUCCCGCUGGCCGCCAAGGUCACGAGGAACCCGCGCGGCAUCACCUUCCUCCAGAGGAUCGGCGUGGGGAUCACCUUCGCCGCCUCGGCGAUGCUGGUGGCGGGCGCGGUGGAGGUGAAGCGGCGGCGCCUCGGAUUCGCCCACCCCCUCUCGUGCUUCUGGCUGAUCCCCCAGUUCUGCCUGCUGGGCCUCUCCGAGGCCUUCGUCACCAUCGGCUACCUCGAGUUCUUCUACGAUCAAUCGCCGCCCAGCAUGAGGAGCAUGGCGGCGGCGGUGGUGUGGGCGAUCAUCGGCACUGGCAACUACGUCAGCACCGCCAUCGUGGCGCUCAUCAAGCGGUCAACGAGGACUCCGACCAACGACCAGGGCUGGCUCUCGUUGACCGGGAACCUCGAGUACUUCUACUGGGUGCUGGCGGGCUGCCUGGCCGUCGAUUUCGUGGCUCACCUUCUUGUCUCUACGUUCUACACGUACACAAAGCCGGACUACGCCGAUGACGACGAUCAAGUUCCCAUUGCGAUGAUUUAG